AUGAUAUAUAUCAUCACCGGAACCACGACGCCGGCGCCUGUCCUUUUGCCUUCGAAUCGGCCGCCAGACCCACCUCGACACUUGGCGAUAGCCGCUCCAGAUUCUACACCAGUCAACGUGGUUUCGGCCACGUCCUCCUCUAACAUGAUUAUUGAUUCUGAUUCUAUGUCUUUGUCUCCGCAGGGCACAGCUAACGGGAAGACGCAGGAUCGAUCGGACCAAGAGGCAACCGGGGCUCGCCAACAACGAUUUUCCUAUGCGGCAGCGGUCACGGGAGAGAUGCCUACAAUCCCUCUUCAGAAUCAAGCGCGCCUAUGGACGCCGGUGGGGGAACAUGAUUUGGUGCCCGGAAAAUAUAAUGGCGAACCGGCCCUGACGAUUUCAGCGGACUUCAAGUCCAAGUUUUGUGCACCGUGGCAAAGAGCACUGGUUGUUCAUGGCCCUUGGGUUAUCUACGAUCACUACCUGGUGGUUCAACAAUGGUCCCCCCGGUUCAAGGCAUCGGACCCGCUUCCGAAGAAGAUGAUAGUCUGGGUGCAACUUCCUGCUCUGAAAAUUCAUUUCUAUCAUAGAGAGAUCCUGACCAGCCUGGGGAACCUUAUUGGAAGAACAAUCAAGCUUGACUACCACACCCUCACCCACCAACGUGCAAAAUUCGCUCGACUAGCGGUCGAGGUCGACUUGACAAAACACCUGGUGCCCCGGAUUUGGUUGGACGAUGAAUGGCAGAAAGUGGAAUACGAGAAUCUACUAGAGGUGUGCUUCAAAUGCGGGAAGAUCGGGCAUGACCGGAGUCUUUGCCCGGAUAAUCAACCAGCGCCUAUAUUGGCCUUGCCGGCAAUUGGAGAGUCUCUUUCCAACUUGACGAUCUCAUCGGAGUCGGCUUCAGCAACGUCGCUGGCGGACAGCAAUCCGGGUUUUGGGCCAUGGAUGCUGGUGACUAGGAAAAGCCGGCGAAAUUCCAGGGAAGCUCCUAGAAAAGGAAAGUUAGAGAGUGAUACAGGGAAAUCUAAUAAGGAAGGUCUACCCCAGAGUGGGAAAGGAGGAACGACUAUAAAAGACCCUCCCCAAGACUUGCCUUUACAGAAAAAGCUCAACGGUCCCUUACCAUCGUCGGCAACCUCUCCUGAGAAGAAAUCCCCAAAUGGUAAGAAAGAAAACUCGGAGACGAAACGUGGCAAAGAAAAGGCAGGAACGGAUGCUUCCGGGAAAGGAAAGGGAGUCCUUGGGCCGGGGCCCAGUUUUCGGAAAACCACCAACUCCUCAGGGCCGUCCAGCUCCUUCAAUGGGGCUUCCUCUUCAUCUAUCGAGGCGGGCUUUCAGCCCACUUCGUCCCCAGGGCCAGAACCAACCGGUCUUGGAUCGGCAGACUUUGUGAAGCAAUAG